ACUUUCCCGAGCUCCUGAACAACAUUUUAGAGCGCUUGCCUGUCAGUAGUGCCUCGACCACGCUGGCUCGCAGUUCGGUCUCGUUUUCCCCACGUUUCCCCGCAAACACAUGUCCAAAUCGUUAAAUUUCGUCAUUAAUUAUUCCGUCUUGCAUUGUUGUGUGCUCCGGCUUUUUCAACCCCACCGCUCGCGUGUGCAUAGUUCCUGCUUCAAAAGUUAUUUGCCUCUUUCGUUAAAAAACAUGGACGAAUGAAAGAGCAUACUUUUCUCUCGAGACCUAGGCGCCUGUAUAAAGUUGCUCCCCUUCUUGUUAAAUACAUACAUGUCACCAAAUUUUGAGGGGAAUCUGUUGGGCGAUCAUGUCCCGAGAAAAUGUAGCGAGACACUGGGAGGUGCGCGUGCUUCGGAAGCCGGCUGUCUAACUGUUGAAAGUUGAGGCGUUUCUUCGGUGCGAUGUCUUGAGAUGCGGUCAGUUGGUCCAAGAGGGAUCGUUCGGAUUUAUGAAGUUCUCCUUUUUACCAUGACUUGCUACCGGUUCAUUUCUUCCGUCUCCUCUGACGUCAUCAUGUCCCUAUCAUCUGACCCUGACGGAGACAACAGCCAAUUAGAACCAGUCAACGAGGACGACGCGGAUGAAGUCAAUUUUACAACAAGUGAAAUUGGGGAGUUUUUAGGCUCAAAAUGCAGAGGAGAAUGUAACGAUCGCCUGCUCAACGUUCACUGUGAUCCCGUGACAAAGCGAUGUCUUUGCGACCGGAAAUAUACUGUUAGAUUAGGUGCUACUAAAGGCUGUGCUAAACCCGUUAGAUUAGGUGAACAAUGUUUUUAUGCCCAAACAUGUACAGACCUUCAUGCCACUUGCAUUCAAGUUGAUCAUAACGCUGUGUGCCAGUGUAAGGCCGGUUUUCAUUCGGUCACACUGAGCAAGCCAUCCAAGAAAAUAUUUUGCUCCGAAGACAUUGAAGUGAUUUCAACUAAUGUUGGGAGUCUUUUAGGAGUCGCCAGUGGUGUGGCAAUAUUUUCCGCCUUAAUAUGUUUCGUACUUAAGCUGUUUGUGGGAUUGAGACCCAGGCACUAUGCGACUACUCAUCUCUCUACGCCCAUCAUUUACGCUAAAGAUAAAGGUAUCGUGGUGGGCCUGAACGGGAUGGAGGGGCGGCCCUCGUACCGAAGCAGCCGCUCCUCGAGCCAACGGUCUGUGAACCCGGGCUCCUUCUCUCGGCAGGGAAGUCGGGGCGUCCUCGUGCCUUCCUCCAGAGCAGGUGCCGCUCGCAUAGCCGCCAUUCGGCUCCUCAUCUCUUGUCACUUCAACGCACAAAAUAAUCAUGUUCAUGGUUCCCGUCGACCAAGUAUGACGUCAGUGCAGAGCGCUUCCUCGGGGCGGAGCAUGAGCUACAGCAUGAUGCGCUUCGAGAAAGAGAGAGAGCAAAAGACUGAACGGGAGGCACGUCGAAAAGCGUCGUCGGGGCUCGGAGGAGGAGCUGUCACCCCCACACCACCCACCCCCAGCCCGAAUCCCUCCAACGAGAAACUCCUCUUGGAAAACACAAUUCAACCUCAGGUAUUUUCAGAGACGAGACGAACGGGCAGUUUACGACGACCAACAACAGCGAUGGCGAUGGGUCCAGAAACGAGCGAGGCAAGACUCGGGAGUUGCUCCCCUCUGAAUCACCUGACGAUUGAGUCUCAUCUUUUGACUGAGCGAAUUCCAGAGGAAUCAUUAGAGACUUAGCCCAUCUCAUCGAGAACUCCAAUACGGAAAAACUCAUCGUCACGCAGCACUUUCAAUUUUCCGAAGAUCAAUAUCCAUGGUCCAAGUGCGAAACCACGUAUCCUUGCUUGCGACUUUCAGACUGCCUGCCAUACUUUAUUGUUUCCCUGGGAAACUAGUCAUCCUAAUUUCUCGAGAACUUCCUUGAUUUUUCUGGCAGAAUAUUCCGGAAAAAUGUCAAGCUAUCAAGUUGACUUGUUUCCCCUCGAAAAUAUCAAAUAGGAGCGGCAAUCUUGAAACACUGCAAUGGAAAUGCAUGGUUUCGCACUUUGGUUUAUCGAUAUGCCACGUUAAGUCACUCUGCCGUCCUCAGUAAAAAGGCCGUAUCUCAAUGCUAUCCUUUUUCGACUGAUUUCUGAAAAAAAAAAAUGCAUUUCUCGAAGAAAACCGACAACGGUACUGCCUUGCUAAGGAAAAAUACCGUAUAAACAUUCGAGAAAUGUCAAUUUUCCAUCGAUAAAAUUGUAUGUUUGAGGGAAGCUAUGAAUAUGUUUCCUUGAAAUUUUCAGAAACUUGAGGUGAUUGCGAACAAAAUUAUAUGAAAAAUUGAUGGACAAAUAUUGAAAAAUUUUCCAGAAAAUUCCUGAUGAUACCAAAAGAAACCAAAGAAUGCUGAUUUACCAAAGGAAAUUUGGCAACACCUGAAAAUUCAUACGGCGUUUUUCCUCAGCACGGCAGAGUAGAUUCUCGAUUUUCCCGCGCUGCAGUUUCGAGAGCUGCAGUAUCCGCGAUUUUUUUUUUUGGUGGUUCGCGGCCGGAAUCAUUAUUCUAAAACCAGUGGAAUGGAUCGUAGCCCCAAAAACAUUGCAAUUCUAUGGUACGAAUUUCUAAAAAGAACAUCUUCAAGAAAUUAUAUAUGACUUAAAAAAAACUUCUCCUGAGGUUGGUAAAGUUUAUUCAUUUUUCUACUAAUAAUUACAUUUCUGUCUAAUGUUUGACAAGUUCUCAGUAGAUUCGUUUAAAAUACAUCAGUCUUUCAGAUAGUUUUUCUUGCUGCCCAGUAGCAUAAUUCAAUCGGGAUUAUCCGCGAUUUUCGAUUAUACGCGAUUUUUGAUUCGCCGUCCCUACCAGCGUGGAUGAUCAACACUUUUCUAUUAUAUUCAAUGUUUCAAUGUUUUUAAAUGAUUCCAUCAUGCUUUUGGGAAUUCAAUAUGAAAAAAUGAGAACUAGUGUGGCAAUCAGGUAUCAAGAGUGGCGGUAGCCACCCCCAGUCGAGUCCUUGUAAUAGUUCAUCACGUGUCGAGGAAAAAUGCGAAAAUGCAGAUACCUAUACCGCGUUUUUGCUUCAGACGGCAGUAACUAGCUCCAACUCUGUCCAACGAGGGUAUGAAACUGUUGGGGCGAGAGGGAAGAGAAAGGGUUGCUGAGUUUUUGUUUUUGUUUCUUGUUUUGGUUAAGGUGGUCCGCACUGUGACUUUUUUUAACAAUUCGACGGUGAAACUACCAAACCACGUAUCUCGGUUUGCGACGUCGCAGACUUCCUGUCAUACUUCAUUUUUUAAAUGAAAAACUACUUAAC